AGAGAGAGAGAGAAUCAAAACGCGAGAAAACACGAACGAAACGGCAGUGAAAGCGAAGCCCUAGAAAUCUCGAAGCCCUAGAAAUCUCAACCAUGGUGGUGGAGGAGGCAGCCAAGACUAUCUCAGCUUCAGAGGAUCAGAGCAAGACGGAGUCGAACAACCCUAAAUCAAUGCAAGACGAGAACGAGCUCGAAGAAGGAGAGAUCGUCGGCGGCGGCGACGACGAGUCGUCGAAGAUGUCGAAGCCGCAGCAGCACCCUCUGGAGCACUCGUGGACCUUCUGGUUCGAUAUCCCGUCGUCCAAGCCCGGCAAGUCCAAGCAAGAGGAUUGGGGCAGCUCGCUUCGCCCGAUCUACACCUUCUCUACUGUUGAGGAGUUCUGGGGUAUCUACAACAAUAUACGCCAUCCAAGCAAGUUGAAUGUGGGGACAGACUUCCAUUGUUUCAAAAACAAAAUUGAGCCAAAGUGGGAGGAUCCUGUGUGUGCUAAUGGAGGGAAAUGGACUCUGACAUUUCCUAAAGGGAAAUCUGAUAAUUCCUGGCUGCAUACGUUGCUGGCACUGAUCGGGGAACAGUUUGAUCAUGGAGAUGAAAUAUGUGGAGCAGUUGUCAAUGUUAGAGGCAGGCAAGAAAAAAUUUCAAUUUGGACCAAGAAUGCAGAAAAUGAGGCAGCUCAGAUGAGCAUUGGCAAACAAUGGAAGAGCUUUCUGGAUAGCAACGAAAAUAUAGGUUUCAUAUUUCAUGAAGAUGCAAGACGGGAGAGAAAUCCCAAGAAUAGUUACACUGUGUGAUCAGUAUAGUGCUGUUUCUAGUACUCAAUGUUUCUGAACCUGAGCAUUGUAUGCUUUAGUUGCGGGAGUGACUAACCAAGUUCCUGCUAAUUGUUCCCCUUCCUCUCGUAUGGCAUAGUUAAACUUUCUUUAAUGAUAAGAAUGAACAUAGAUGUUUCCUUUC